GUGAUGCACUCCCGCGUCGAAACUCGCUGCUCGGCUGGCUGGAAAAUUAAAGAAUCCAUAAACAUCACUUACGCCGCGUCGAAACUUGCAGCAGAGUUUGCUGCAGACCCAUGCGCUUUGGAAGGUUUGGAUUCACGUACCGUUUCCUACCGUCCAAAAUCCAUCUUCGCGUCAUGACACCAAACUACGAAUCCUGGUCAAAGGAAGAACUUAUCGCGCGUCUCAAACAGCUAGAGACGACAAAAAAGGACGCAACCAAGUCAAUUCACAUUCACCUCUCAAUGUCCAAAAAACCAUUCCAUUUCUCAUCCCACCCGAAACGCAAGAUCGCGAUUAAGUUCUGUUAUUCGGGGUGGGAGUACAAUGGGCUAGCAUAUCAAAAUGGUCCGACACCUCUUCCUACGGUUGAAGAUGUGUUGUUCAAAGCCUUUGUAAAGGCUAGACUGGUUGAUGAAAACGGUGGUUUAGACGGUUGUGGAUGGGAGAAAUGUGGAAGAACAGAUCGAGGAGUCAGUGCGGCUGGCCAGGUUAUUUCGCUAUGGGUUCGAAGUGCUCUCCCUACCGAAGCUUCAUCCAGUCCUCCUUCCAGCGCACAACCAGAAGUGGCAUCAAGCGACUCACAAUCCAAAGUAUCCUCCACCCCAGAUGAUGAUGGAACGGGCGCACUGAGCAACCUAGCCACAGACGCAGUAGAAGACACCCCCCAAAACACGUCAGUUCCCUCCCAUCCUUCCACCAAACAGGAACUCCGCUACGUAUCCAUCUUAAACCGCCUCCUCCCCCCAACGAUCCGCGUCCUCGCCUGGUCCCCAAUCUCCCCCAAUUUCUCCGCCCGCUUCAACUGCAAGCACAGACACUACAAAUACUUCUUCACCUCCCACGGAGUCGACGUAUCCCUCAUGCAAUCAGCAGCAAACCUUCUCAUUGGCGAACACGACUUCCGUAACUUAUGUAAACUCGAUCCUGGAAAACAAAUCACGAAUUUUCACCGCUGCGUCAUGCACGCACAGAUCAAUCCUAUUUCAGCAGAGUCUGAUAAGGAUAAUAGAUUAUACGUGUUCGAUCUCGUAGGAUCGGCUUUUUUAUACCAUCAAGUCCGACAUAUCAUGGCUGUCCUUUUCCUUGUCGGGACAGGGCUAGAACCACCAUCCAUCAUCAGCGCUCUCAUGAACGUUUCUCCUCAAUCAUCAGACGCACCCCCUGACUCCGACUCACAAUUACCACUCGUAGAUCGCAAACCAGAAUAUCAAAUGGCCGAUGCACUCCCUCUUAUGCUCUGGGACUGUGCAUACGCAGAUUCAGACGUCACAUGGCAAACAGACGACGACGGUACAGGUACGGAAAGCGGUACAGGCUCAGACCUCUAUCACCAGCUCCAUUCUAUCCACCAACGUUCCCUCAUCCACACAGUAUUAGACGAGCACUUCCUUACCGCUGCCAUGCAGUAUCACCCCCCUCCCCCAAGGUACUUCCCAUUCAGCCAGACAAGGUUGACACCUCACACCCUCCCUCGUUCGGGCUUGGGGCGAGAACCGGUUCUUGGCGUCCCACUUGGUGCGGGGACGUACAAACGUGGGGCAAAGUAUAUGCCUUUGUUGGAGAGGAAGAGACUUGAUCACGUUGAUGUGGCUAAUGAGCGAUGGCGAAUAGGCAGGGGUAGCAAGUAUAACUUGCAGAAGCAAGACGAGACAGCUGAUGACGGGAUUGAAUGAGGGAACAUGAUCGCCGUUCGAUGCAGAGCGAUCACAUAGACACAUCGUAUAUGCGCCGGCCACUCAUACAAUCGCUCACACAACCAACGUCAGGUAAAAGUAUGAAUUAGCCAAGUCCCAAGUCUGAUACGACAAUGAAGAGGUGGGAGAACAUAUCGACGGGAUUGAAUGAAGGACAAGA